CAUCAAUUUGAUGAUCUACUUAAUUUUCGAUAUUUUCUAGCUAAAUUUCUAAAAAUAAGUCUGCUAUUUGACGUCAAAAACUUAUGACGUCAUAAUAGAGUAUUUCAUACAAAGUUCAUAGAAAAUAUCGUUUUUGACGUUUCGAAAAAAGUAUUGAAUUUGACUAGUAGGAAACUUUUUUUAUGUUAAAUGGGCCGACGUUUGGCCGCUAUCUCGCCUGAUGGUAAGUGAUGAUGCGGCCUACGAUGGAGCACGUCUGCCCAUAAGCAACCUAUUCACUCGGGCUUUGAAGACACCCAGGUUAUACCCAUCAGGAAACACAGAUGACAAACAUAUGCCUAUCCAAUUUGAUAUAAGUUUUUAAACAGACAUGGUCACUAAUACUAAUAUUAGAACUUAAGACGGGAUAGACAGUUCAUCCGUGUCCGUGAUCAUGGCGCUUGCAACAGUGCCGAAAUAUCGAAAACUCAUAGACAUAAAUAAACAUGGUAAAUAUCCCAUCUUAAGUUCCAAUGUUAAUUCAAUUUGACGUUUCAAAAGUGCCUAAUUUAGGAUUAAUUGAAAUAAAUGCUUUGAUUUUGACUUUGAUCCCAAUCGAGCCAGUUCUAUUUCGUCAACCGAAGUUUAAUACGGCUCUCCCACGUUGAAAUAGGCAUGAUGACAUAUUUUGAAAAACUAUUUUAUUAUAUCCGAAAAUAUAUAGUACCUAAUUGUAAAGAAAAUCAUAUUUCGGAAAAAGAACAAGAUUUUUAGUGAAAAAAUACAUUUAAAAUUCCCACCAAAACGCUCCAAAGUGUAUAAGUGUAUAAUCUAUGCUCCAAAGCGUCAUGGCGUCGAUCGUGACGUCACGUUAGAGUAAACAAAGUGUAAACAUUAGAUGCUCUUCAAAUUUUCAAUAAUUUGGUUGAUUUACGUGUUGAAAAUAUGAAUACGAAAUCGUAUAGGUGUUGCGCAGUUCCUAUGUGUACUAACACAUCAAUUAAAACUCCUGACAAGUUAUUUGUGUUCAUGCCGUAUAAAAAAGAAAUACGAGAUAAAUGGCUUAAACUUGCAAGGCGUGAUUUAACGGGAAUUUUGCCCACAACUCAGCUUUACUUCUGUGAAGAUCACUUUGAUUUGCCAAAUGUUAUGGAAAAUUACAUGGAGUAUCAUAUAAUGGGAUCUGUGUCACAAAUUCGCAUGAAACCAGGGUGCCUUCCUACAAAAUUUACAUGUCAAACUGAUAGAGGAAAGCGAACAUUUGAUAUAACAACUAAACGAAAAUUUGCCUUCAAAAAGGAAAGAAAAUUGUUAAUUGAAGAAUGUGAAAAGGAAAUAAAUGAGAGAAAAAAUGUUGAUUUAAAACACUUGGAACUUGGAGAGGCUUCAUGUGGAAGUUCAGUUUUGCAAGAAAAUAUUUCACAAGAUACACAGAAGACGAAAAAUAAAAGUAUUCAAGUACAUAUAAGUAAUAAGUUCAGGAGUAAAGCCGUUCAAACUAAUAUCAAUUUAGUUAAGCAGUCGACAUCCGCUUCUUCAUCGCCGUUUAAAUGCGUCAACUGCGGAAUAGCCAUACAAAGGCUGCAGAGGCAUCUCGUUUCCUCGCUUUCUGCACGCCACCAAUCAAGACUUUCGUGUUGGUUAUCUAAUGCUCAAACCCAGUUGCCUCUGGAUGCAUUAAUUUGUCAACCAUGCUUCUUAUUAUUGGAUACUGAAGCUGGUGAACACGAGAGACUACUGGGACAUACAAUGGUUUGCGUUGGUUGUGGAAAAUCUGUCAGAAGAAUAAAACAAUAUCAUAAUGUCAAUAUGGAGUGUCCAUUGCUGGCUGUUCUAAUAUCACAAAACACUUAUUACGUGCCCUCAAGAAACAAUUAUGUUUGUCAUAUGUGUUGGAUACGAGCGAAUAGACAGGCAGUUGUUGACUCAACACAUGAUAUGCAGGAAUUGGCUUCAGAUAACAUGCAGGAUUUGGCUUCAAAUAACAAUGCAGCAGCUCCACCUGAUGUUCAAGAGGAUAGAGUAAACGCGAUACUGGUAAACGUGUACAAGUACUUUGCUACGGAGGGCACGGAGUUGUCCCCCUCGCAGCUGCGCGAGCGCACGGCCCUGUGCACCGGCGCCAGCGAGGCAGACGUGGAGUGUGCACUGGUCUUGCAUCAGGAAGUGUCUGCCACGCAGAAACCGCUGCGGAAGCCGCCUCGCAAACGGCGAAAGAAAGAAAGCAAAUCUCCGCCGCCGAUACAAGAGGAAGAGCCUUAUAUAGAACGUGAAACACUGAUCGUGACCGUCGAUCCGAAGGCAGGCGAUGCUAAUAGUGAGAUAAAUCCUCUCGCCAUUAAAGAAGAGCAGCCCUCAUCACCUAUAACCUGUGAACAAGACGCCAGUUUGUGCGAACCACAGCAGAGUGGACUGAAACCGGAAGACAUGGCGAAGGUAUUUGUAAAGACGGAACCAACAGAAGAACCAAAUUCGUGAGUAUUAUUUAAAUCA